UGUUUAAUUGCUGGCAAGAUAAUGAAAAAAAUCAAGUGUUAAUUUCAAAUCAUGUUUGAUAUUUUUUAACAACAAUUAACUCUUUGAAUAUCUCUAAAACUGAUACAGUUUAUAACUGGUUUUACUUAAUUGUUGAAGUAAAAUGUUGAUGAGUGAAUCAAAAUUGACAAGAAAUAGUUACAAUUAUGAAAAUAGUGAUUAUAAUAGCAACCAUCACAAUUUAAACUCUAAUCAAAUUAACUACACUAAUGGUUAUGUUAACAUGUCUUCAGUACCGUUUAAUUGUUAUUCAGCAACCUCAACUAAUCAUCGUAACAAUUUAAUUGAUCCAAGAAAUGAUUUAAUCAACUACAGUUCCAAUUUAACAAUAUCAAAGCGGAAAUGUACUCGACUCUUAGGUUUCUAUGUUUCUCAAAUUUUACUCGUAAUUGUUUCUUGUAUUUAUUUAACCGUAAUUGUAAUCAACUUAAUCCAAGACAUUGACAAUUUACUGGAUUCAAAGGAUCCCCUUUACAAAUUGUCAAGCUUAAUUGUGACAACUUUAGUCUUGUCAAUAUUUCUGCUUCUUCAUGGUAAUCUUUGCCAACGAAAUUAUGAUCUCUACCUGUACUUUUUUGAUGUCGCUUUGCUUACAUGCUUUUCCUACCUUAAUGAUACCUGGGGACCUGAUAGAAAGUAUCUCACUCAGGUUCAAAAGUAUAUCGGUCUUGUUGUAACUCCUGCAAUCGGAUUAUUGGUUUUCAUUAAUCGUCAAAUGUUUGAUCAAUUUAAUAUCGUUGGAGCUUCGCCUUCAAUCAUUUCCAUGUAUAAAACUUAUUGUUAUUUCCAAGCUUUAAUCAAAUGGGAUUUACAGAACAUGAUUAUUCUGGCUAAUUGUGCCUUCGCAAUGAGUAAUACCUUCACUGUCAAUUUAAUUAUCUUUGCAUCUCUAAUUAUCUAUGCAACUUUGGUCUGGAUAAUUGCUAAAAUUGCGGUUUACAAGGAAUCAAAAUAUUUGGUCUUCAUACAUGUCGUCUUAUCAUUCAUUGGUUUACUUUGGAUACCAUUGCAAAUUAUUGAUGUUUCUUGCUUCCGAGAAGUUAAUUGUCAACCGCAAUCAUUAAUGAUCUCAUUUGCUGCCCUUGGUAUUGGAGCACCAACAAUGAUAGUAAAACUUUGGGUUUAUAUUGAACAAUUAAAAGUUUACAAAAACUUUGGUUAUGGUUUAACUGAUUCAGCAUUCACAACAUUGGCUAAUCUUGAAUCAACCAGUCUACUUUAUGGUAUCUCCAAUUCAGUUGCUAAUUGUAACAAUCCAAUUGUAAUCACUUAAUCCCAACAAUCAAUCAAUUAUUUUUUUUGUACACUAAUUGUUAUGAUAAUUUUUUUGCUAUUCCCUUUUUUUUAAUGAAACCACAACUACAAUAUUAGUAUAUGAUACCAACAAUUAGUUUAAUUACAAAAGUAUACAAAUGUUUAUGUAAUAA